UAAACCCUGUCCGAUUCAAAAGUAACGUGAUGCACCAAAAGUUGGCUUCUGUUCGUUACUCUAAAUUUACUACUGGUAUUUAAGUGACGCGAAUUUAAACUGGAGCACCUUUCCGUUGAGAUCGUCUUAUCAUUUAUCAUAUAUAUCGCUUCGUUUUCAUCUUCUCUCUCUACUUUAACCCCCAAAAUCAUAUCCAAAACCCUAAAAUUUGAACCUUCUUUUUAUUCUCCUGUCCCAACUCUCCUCCAUAUCGGAUUUUCCUAUUUACCACCGUCGUCCACUCUCCGUGAUCCCUCUCCGCGCCGGCCGCCGGCCGAGAUGAGCGUUGGCGGCGAUGAAGUCAGUAAAGUUGACGACUUCGCCCCACCACCAUCAACAUGACGACGACAACUAUAUCAGCCGAUUGCGAAGCCGCCGGUGGAGGCAGAGCCGUACCGGCACCGCCGUCGGGGCGGUGGUGGCAUUGCUCAUUGCCACUGCCGCGUGGCUGUCGCUCGUCUUCUCCGGGACCACCCCACCUCGCUGGCACCGGUUCACGCGCUGGGAAGGAAGCCCUAAUUCUUUCAUUUUGAGGAAGAGUCUCUCUUCCUCCUCUCCGUCGCUCUCUCUCCACUCCUCUUCCCUAUCUUCGCCACCGCAUAACACCGCGUUAGUGCGGCGGCGGCAGGACGGCGCUUCGGAGGAGUUGUCGCUGAAGCACAUUGUCUUCGGCAUCGCCGGCUCGUCGCAGCUCUGGAAACAACGGAAGGAAUUCGUGAGGCUCUGGUGGCGACCGGACGAAACGCGCGGCCACGUCUGGUUGGAAGAGCAGGUUGUCCCGGAGAAGGGAGACGAUUCUCUGCCGCCGAUCAUGGUCUCCGAGGACAUUUCACGAUUCCGGUACACCAAUCCCACCGGCCACCCUUCCGGACUUCGGAUCUCGAGGAUUGUGGCGGAAAGCUUUCGCUUGGGUUUGCCACAUGUCCGAUGGUUUGUUCUUGGAGAUGACGAUACCAUAUUCAACGCCGAUAAUCUGGUGGCUGUUCUGAGCAAGUACGACGCAUCCGAGAUGGUUUACAUUGGUAGUCCUUCGGAGAGCCACUCUGCCAAUAGCUAUUUCAGUCAUUCAAUGGCUUUCGGUGGUGGCGGGAUUGCCAUAAGUCACCCAUUGGCAGAGGCUUUAACAAAGUUUCAGGACCAGUGUCUUGAGAGGUAUCCCAAGCUCUACGGGAGUGAUGAUCGACUCCAUGCCUGCAUUACUGAACUGGGUAUUCCUUUUACCCGAGAACAUGGCUUUCACCAGUGGGAUAUAAGGGGUAAUGCACAUGGUUUGUUAUCUUCCCACCCAAUUGCUCCAUUUGUCUCAAUUCACCAUGUUCAAGCUGUGGACCCUUUUUACCCUGGAUUGAGCACUCUGGAGAGCUUGAAACUUUUUACUAGAGCCAUGAGAGUUGAACCCAGGAGCUUUUUGCAGCGUUCAAUUUGUUAUGACCAUGCCAGGCGACUAACAUUUUUGGUUUCACUUGGUUAUGUUGUUCAAGUAUUCCCAAACAUAAUGCUUCCUCGAGAGAUGGAGCGUUCAGAGAAGACAUACACUGCUUGGAACAGAAUCAGUAACAGGAAUGAAUUUGAUUUUGACACUAGGGAUCCUUAUAGAUCCGUUUGUAAGAGGCCGAUUCUUUUUUUCCUGAAAGAUGUGGGAAAGGAAAAUAAUGCAACUUUGGGGUUCUAUGGACGGGCCACAAGAAAAGAUGAUUUGAAAAGGAAAGUUAUGUGCUUUCCACGUCUGCCUCCACUCCGUCAUGUGCAAAAUAUUCAGGUUUUGGGGCAUCCAUUGAGCAAGAAUUGGCAUCUGGCACCUAGGCGAUUAUGUUGCCAACUGAACCAAACGAGCAGUGAACUCCUCAGAUUGACAGUUCGGCAGUGUGAGAAGGGAGCUCUCAGCUCUGUUGCCUGAUUAUGUGCAAGUGUUGGAUGGGAUUGUGACUUGUCUAGUUGCUCUUGUUUCAUAUAUGAAGAAGCCCCCUUUUAAAAGAAUGGCAUAAUAAUUUUUUAUUAUGUGCUUUAUUUUAUUGUGUCACCUUGAACAUAAUCUCCAUGUUAUGCUUACCUCUUAGCAACUGACAUUUCAACAUUGUGAAGACAUCUCUGCAUAUUCUGGAUACAUGAGGCUGUUCUUUUGUACACAGUUAGAGUUGAAGACUAGCAAUCAGAGAUCAAGCUUGGGGAUUAUAUUCUUUGCCUUCACUUUUGUUCUGAAGGUAACUUAAUCAUAAACUGAGAUCUGAUGUUUGGAAAUUGGUGGAGUAAAAUUAAAUGGUACCAUAUAUACUCCUUUAAAUGGUAAAAUCAGUGAUGCUUUUUCUU